CUAAGAAAUAGGAUUUCCAAAGUUAUUGUCUUUAUAAAUAUGCCUUUUAGAUUUUAUUGAUCAUACAUGUUAAAUUAGAUUUUAAUUUUUUUAUAAAGAGUCCAGGUCUUGGAGCUUCAAUCACAUAGCAAUCAGCUUAAAAACUUUUCUUCUCUACACAAGUCAAGCAGGGAGACUGAGUAGAGCUUAUUGAGUGGUCAUCAAAAUUUUUGAAAAGUAAAAGAAAGAGUUACGUAGGUCGAUAAACUUCCAAGGAGCUCCCAUGUACACCUCUACAAAUGGCUAAGAACCAUUUUAAUUUUGGCAUGAAUAUUUUUACAUGCAUCUAUAUGAUUCAAUUCUGAAGAAGCUAAGCUAAUUAUGCCAAUGGUGAAGAAGAAGGGUUCAGCACAUGCUGUUUUCAUGAGCAGUACCAUACAAAUAUCUGCCUCCCGAGCUCUACUACUCAUCACAUGCCUUCUGCUAUUCGAUGUUAGCAGAUUAGCUUCUGCAGGAAAGAUGCACCCGAGACGUCGGCGUUUCUCUUGUGGACCUCUGCAAGACAUCGGUUAUCCGUUCCGCUCGAAGGACGACCCCCCCGAAUACAGCGAUCCUCGAUAUCAGCUUGCCUGCGUUGAUGGUCACAAGACUAUCUGGGACAUCCACCAACCUAGGACGUACUACGUUACCGAGAUCUCGAGAAACCCGUAUUCCUAUUAUCACCCAUAUUACGAUUUCACAGUUGUCGAUGCCAACUUGGCUAACGGCAGCUGCAGUCUUCCCUUGCAGUCUCUUUCCCGCACCAACAUCGAGAGCAUGGGAUUCAAAGAUAUCGAGUUUACGUGGGCGACCUUCGUGAGCUGUAGGAGGAUGAUAGUAAAGAGCACAUAUAACCCUGUUCCUUGUUUGAGCAAGACCGGUGCAUUUGUGUAUGUUAUGCUUUCAAAGGGCGCGCUUCGACUCGAGGAUACGGAGCGUUUCUGUAGCUUCUUAGCUAUCACUCCGAUUACGUUUGAUUACGGAAACAUUGUGGCGCUGCAGCAUCCCACAACAGAUGUCUUCCAGCUCCUGAAGCACGGAUUUUCUAUUCCUGUUGAAACAAGACAUCGGGAAAUUUACGUCUUUGUUGAUUGCGUAAAAGACACUGCAAAGAGCUUAUGGAAAAAUAUGUACGGAUUUGGGUUUCUCUUUCAGAGAAUCUUCUCUGUUUACAGUGAAUUGACUGUUAUAAUAUGUAUAGAACACAUAUACAAACGCCCUUCACAAUGGAUUCUAGUUCUCUUAGGGGCAUUACAACAUACUAUACGAAUUUUGAUAGUUCACUUAAUUCUCGGCAGAUUUGUUAUGGCGCCAUUGGCAAUAUUCCUCUUCUUGGCGCACAAGUUGUGGAGAGCAAAGAAAUCAGUGGACGCCGUCGAGAAGUUCCUUCGAAGCCAGAGGGCGCUUGCGCCGACAAGGUACGCUUAUACCGACCUCAUUGCGAUCACGGGCCACUUCAGAGAAAAGCUCGGCCAAGGAGGAUACGGUUUCGUAUCCAAAGGCGUUCUCCCCGGCGGCGUUCUUGUGGCAGUGAAGAUGUUGUUAAGCAAUUCUAGAUGCAAUGGGGAAGAGUUCAUCAACGAGGUCUCUACCAUCGGUAGGAUCCACCACGUCAAUGUGAUAAAGCUCAUCGGGUUCUGCUCCGAGGGAUCGAAGAGAGCCCUCGUCUAUGAGUACAUGCCUAACGGAUCGCUCGACAAGCAUAUCUUCUCUGCCAAUGUAGUCGCUGGUCGGCGAACAUUCACGUGGGACAAACUCAAUGAUAUAGCUUUGGGAAUCGCCCGUGGCAUCAACUACUUGCACCAGGGAUGCGAUAAGAGAAUUUUGCACUUCGACAUCAAGCCACAGAAUAUCCUCUUAGACCGUAACUUCACUCCGAAGGUUGCGGAUUUCGGACUGGCAAAAUUGUACCCAAAGGACACCAGCCUCGUGUCGAUGAGUACUACUAGAGGAACAAUAGGAUACAUUGCACCUGAAUUGAUUUCGAGGAGCUUCGGUGUUAUAUCUCACAAGUCUGACGUCUACAGCUUCGGAAUGCUACUGAUGGAGAUGGCGGGAGGAAGGAGGAAUGCUGACCCUCGAGCGGAGAAUUCAAGCCAGGCCUAUUAUCCAUCAUGGAUAUACGAUCGAUUAACCCAACCUGAAGUAAGUGAAAUAUGCAUCACUUUUGAUAUUUCGGAGGGAGAGCGAAAGUUGUGCAUUGUUGGAUUGUGGUGUAUUCAGGUAAGACCCUCGGCUCGCCCUGCCAUGAGCAAAGUUAUAGAAAUGCUAGAAGCAGAUGUUGAAACCCUUGAAAUGCCGCCGAAGCCUUUCUUCUCUUCAGAAGAGCCGAUCCCUGACAUUAGCGUAAGUUGCUUGGGUUCUUCCUCAGAGCUCCCUGCCAUCUCAGAAGAUGAGUGAUGAAAACUUGAACAGAAAUUUAUUCAGCAGCAAUAAAAAUAGAUAGAUAAGAGCUAGGAAAGGUUCCUAAAAGCGGCAAGCACAUGGCGCUUGAAAUUUUUUGGCCAUCAGAUCCACAUGGGAUCCAUGAGAGAGUGCUUUGAGAUCUGAUGAACAUCAAAAUGUGAUCACAAAUAGAUGCUCCUCUGGAUCUUAACAAUAUUAAUAGAAUGGCCAAAUAGUUGCGAGCACAAAGAGUGUUGUAUCUUCCUAAUCAAAUCAUAUAUAAUUACGGUAAAUGUGGUCUCAAAAGUAUAAGAAAUGAAUUCUGCAUACAUUACAAUUUCUUCGAGAGUCGUAGUGUUUUGAACAGAAGAGGUAUUAUUUGAAGAGGACUAUCUCCACCUCCUCCGGUCAACAAAAUGCCUAUAGAUCCGACUUCACGAGCACUGAUGCAACAAGCAAGCUGGAUUAUCUCAACCACCAAAACUAAUGCAUGCACGAUGAAAACAUUAGCAAAUGUAAGACCAUAUCUCGAAACUUUGAUGUAUUUAGUGACCAACUUAUAAAGCAAUUUAUGUUUGGUAUAGUAAUUUGUAA